ACACAUCGCGGCCGGCCGACGCUCUGUGAUGACGUAUUCUGUGCUUUAAAUUUGAACAUAAAAGUUUUUCGUUACGCAAAGUGAUUUGUUGGUGUUUUUUAUUAAAUUUGGGUUCCAGGCAUUGGGUGAGAGCGGACGUGUCGCAUGAUGAUCAAAUCCAAAACAAAAGGAGUUCGCGGAAGAAUCGCACAUGAAAUUUACACAUACUGUGCGUUUUGGAUUGCCGUGUCCUCGUUACCUGCAUUGGCAUUAUCAUACGUAGUUGUACGUGUCAGUAAGCAUCUAUGGAUCAAACUGCUGUCCAGUCGCUAUCCUCACUUGGAAUUCAUCAGAACAGACACGAUCCGAUCAUUGCUCGACACUCAUAGAAACCAGGGAAUUAUCAACGUACUUCUUUGUAUCAAAGGGACUCACAACGUGGACCAAAUUAGAAAUGAAUUGUACGAGCACGUAAUCGAACGGCGAGAUAAAGAUGGCGAGCUGAUGUUUCCGCGUCUGCGCCACUGCCUCGUCUCCUGUUGGGGUAACUACGCCUGGGACGCGCAUAUGCCCUUCAGACCUGAAAAUCACUUUAUAGUCUCGAAUGCCGUGUACCGCGGCAGACCGGUGUCUGACUCUAACAUUCAGGAUUAUGUCAGCGAAAUAAUAUCAAAAUAUUUUCCAAGUGACCAGCCACCGUGGCAGUAUAUCGUGAUACCAUGCAUAUCUCCAGAUCCAAAAUAUUACAUUCUAGUUCGUGUCCAUCAUUUGCUGCUUUCUGGAACUAACUCAAUCAAUAUUAGGGAUUUACUACUCAUUGAACAACUAAAGCCUGAAGUGAGGCAAACAACGGAUCAUACACAAGCAAGUCCAUUAAACAAGUUAUUCCCAACACCAAAAGCGAUACCAGAACUAUGGGAGAAGAUGAACGAGACGAUGUCAAACGUUUGGAACGAAUUUAUAUCAGAAUAUGACCCUGUAGAAAGUCCGAGAGCAUCAAAGACGUCGCCGGGAGCAUUUCACGUUGCGGGACUGCUUCUCGUAUCAGCCGCAAGCGCGGUAAGGGAAUUAAGAAAGAACAAGUCCAGCGAAGGUCUAUCACUGACGGUGAUACAAUACGCAGACACGGUACGACUAGCUGUGAUGACAGACGCACGCUUGUCGCCCUCUCACGCAGUACCCGCGCAGCGCUGGCCCGUCGCUGUUGAACAACUGGUCGCCAAAGUCAACCAAGAAAUCGCCAGAAUAGCCGCAAAAGCAAACAUACCCGAAGAAGAAAUAAACACUGGGACAUCCGAAUCUAAGGACACUACUGUCUUACAAAGUUAUUCCUCAGAAACGACUCUUAAACCACCGACCACUGAAUCUUUAAGUCCGCCACCAACGCGAAAAAUAAUAUAUUAA